AUGAAGCAGUCACAGACAUCAGAAAUGAGUCACAGCCAAUUACGAUCAAAACGACAUCGAACAUCUAUUCGAGCUUCAUCAGGCAGUCGAAAUCCUUCAAAAGACUCAGAAAAAGAUGAAGAUUCAGAUGAAGAAUUAGUCGCUCCAGCUACACCAAAAACUAGCGAUUCAGUGAGUUCAGAUGAUGAUGAUGAUAAUGACGACGAUGAUGAUGACGAUGAUGGUGAUAAUGAUAAUGAUGAUGAUGAUGAUGAUGAUCAUAGAAAGGGUGAAAUACCUGAUGUUAUUUUCAAUCAUCCCUUGGUAAACGAUUUAUUAGAUCGAUUUAUGCGUGCAAAAUUGCAAAAUGAUAAUACUAUCAACAAUAUCAAUAAUGAUAAAAACACUGGGAAAAAAGGAACAUUAAAACCAGCACCAAUUCAUGCUGUGGAUUUGAAAUUUGAUGAACUUCGACAAUUAUGUGAUCUUGCAAUGAAUUCAUUCGCAAAGCAGAAAUCAUUACUACGUAUUGGAAUUGAAAUGCUUCCAAUAACGAUAUGUGCUGAUACUCAUGGACAAUUCCGCGAUGUUCGAUGCAUUUUGAGCACAUGUGGUAAUCCAUCAUCACGAACGUACCUUUUCCUCGGUGAUUACGUUGAUCGUGGAUCUCAGGGAAUUGAAACAGUAACAAUGUUAAUGUGUUUUAAAAUUAAAUAUCCUACACGUGUGUAUAUGUUACGUGGAAAUCAUGAAGAUGCUAAUACAACAUUAAUUUAUGGAUUUUAUGAUGAAUGUAUCAAUCGAUUUCCAAAUGAUGAAGGAGAAUUGUUAUGGCAUAUAUUCAUGAUGGUAUUUAAUAUGAUGCCUUUAUCAGCUAUUGUUGGUGAUCGAGUAUUAUGCAUGCAUGGUGGCAUAUCACCUCAUCUCAAUGAUAUUACAAUGAUUGAAAAUAUUCCACGUCCUAGUAUUGUACCACCAUACGGAUUAAUGUGUGAUAUUUUAUGGUCUGAUCCAGAUGAUCGAUAUCCAGGAUGGGCACUUAGCGCACGUGGUAUAUCAUUUACGUUUAGUAGUAAAGUAAUCAAGGAAUUUUGUGAAACAAACAAUAUCGAUUUAAUCGUACGUGGACAUCAACUAACAGCGGACAUGUUCAAAGGAGGGUACAAAUAUUUUGCUGGUGGACGUUUGGUGACAAUAUUUUCAGCUCCAAAUUAUUUAAAUAUGAAAAAUGAUUCAUGCGUUUUACACAUUUCACGAAAGGUUUAUUACCAAUAA